AUGGACGCGGGAUUUCCUAUAGAAGAUAUUGCGCCGAUUGCAAUCCUCAUGGAUGAACUUCGCUCCGAGGAUGUUCAGUUGCGCUUGAAUGCCAUUCAUAGCAUCCCCACAAUCGCGUUGGCGCUUGGUGCGGAUCGCGCUAGAGAGGAGCUGGUCCCUUUCCUUCAGGACUCUAUCGACGACGAGGAUGAAGUUCUACUUGCUUUAGCAGAGGAGCUAGGCAGGAAUUUUGAGGAAUAUAUCGGGGGCAAGGAGUAUGCUCAUGUGCUCCUCGGACCGCUCGAAAACCUGUCUGCUGUGGAAGAAACACUUGUUAGGGACAAGGCGGCGGAAUCGAUAACAAAAGUUGCCACAGUACUUUCUCAACCUCAGAUCGAAGAAUAUUACAUCCCCUUGUUGAAACGCCUAUCGCAAGGCGAAUGGUUUACCUCUAGGACAUCAUCUGCGGCCCUAUAUCCAGCUGUUUAUGCAAAGGUAUCCACGGCUGUUCAAGACGAACUACGCAAAGGAUUUGCAGCUCUCGGGUCGGACGACACGCCCAUGGUCAGGCGCGCGGCUGCGAAGUGGCUCGGUCCUCUCUUGACUCAUUUCGCCCAGCAGCAUAUCAUAUCUGAUGGAUUGCCGAUCUACCGCAGGCUUCAAUCGGACGAUCAGGACUCCGUUAGGUUGUUGACAGUGGAAGAUUUGAUUGUUCUCGCAAAAAGAAUUUCUCCGGCCGAGGUGAAAGAGCAACUAUUGAAGCAAAUUAAACAGAGCAUUGGUGACAAGAGCUGGCGAGUAAGAUAUAUGGCUGCUAAUCACUUCAAUGAGCUCGCAGAUGCUGUUGGCGUUGAUAUUGUGCGAGAGGAAUUAAUUGGCCAGUAUGUCCAGCUACUGAAAGACAACGAAGCCGAGGUGCGCACAGCUGCUGCGAGCCAAAUCCCUGGCUUCUCGAGUUCCCUUGACAAGGAGGUCAUCCUGGCACGAAUUGUGCCCUGUGUGCGAGAUCUCUCCCAAGAUGCCUCCCAGCAUGUUCGGGCGGCACUUGCAAUUCAGAUCAGUGGCCUUGCCCCCUUACUCGGGAAGGAAGCAACAAUUGAGAACCUUUUGCCUCUCUUCCUCCACCUGCUGAAAGACGAUUUCCCCGAGGUUAGACUCAAUAUAAUCAGCAAGUUAGAGACAGUGAAUACUGUUAUAGGUAUCGAGUUGCUCUCCGAAAGUCUGCUUCCCGCUAUUGUUGAGCUCGCAGAGGAUAAAUCAUGGCGCGUUCGACAGGCCAUUAUUGAGUACAUCCCCCUUUUGGCCAACCAACUUGGGAAACCAUUCUUCGAUGAGCAACUCGGGAACCUUUGCAUGUCGUGGUUGGGAGACACCGUUUACAGUAUCCGCGAAGCUGCCACUGUCAAUCUCAAAAAGUUGACAGAGGUUUUCGGUGUCGACUGGGCAAAAGUCGCCAUUGUGCCUAAAGUAAUGGGUAUGGGUUCACACCCUAACUAUCUAUUCAGGAUGACCACGGUUCAAGCGAUCACGACAAUCUCCCCAUCUUUGAACCUAGAAAUCGUUCGCUCGGAAGUUAUUGGACCCCUUUUGGACCUUUCAAAAGACCCCAUCCCCAACAUCCGUUUUAAUGUUGCUAAAUCCUUGGAAGUUAUGGCAAUUGCAUUCGGAAACUCGCCGGAAGGACGUGCGUUUGUGCGAGAACGGAUUACCCCUGCUCUGGAGCGUCAGAAAAGCGAUCAGGACGCCGACGUUCGGUACUUUGCCACACGAGCCCUCCAACGGGCACUAGCUUCUGAUGUCUAG